AUGUUGGCCGAGGGAGUGCGCUCGUUAAUCGGCGCUGCUCGUGAUGGCCUUCGCUCACUUCUCCCCAUUGUCAUCCUCGCUUUCUACACGAUUUUAGGAGCUCUUCUCUUCAUGACUCUUGAAGCACCGAAUGAAUUGCACACACUAGAGACAUUGAAGAAAGAAAGAGACGAUUUAGUUGAGAAUACGGCUUUCCGGUUGAACAAUAUCCGGGCAAUGACCCCGAUUAAUGCUUACAAUCACACAGUGACCACUUUGAUACGAUUUCAGAAGAAACUUGGCGUUGAUACGGUGAUUGCCGAGAAUCAACACUGGACCUUUAUGGGAUCAUUGUUCUAUUCGAUGACUGUCUACACAACAAUUGGUUACGGUAACAUUGUACCAGUGACUGCAGCCGGUCGAGUUCUUACAAUCAUUUAUGCUUUCAUCGGCAUUCCCAUUGGCAUCAUUUGCCUUCUCGGGCUUGGAGCUUUGUUUGCCAAAUUUUGCAAGAUUCUCUGGAAAAUGGUGAUCAAAUCGACAUCGGUUGUUUCGAAAGAUUUAGAGAAAAAGAUGGAAGAUCUCAGCCCUGAUGCUAAAGAAGAUUCAGUAAUUAUUGAGAAAGACGGAAAACCUCAAGAAGAUGAUGAUAAUGAUAACGAUUUGCUAUCAUUCCCGCUAUGCGCUGCUGUUUUCAGUCUUGUUGAGCCGGAUUUAGACUAUGGUACCUCUCUCUACUUUACCUUGAUCUCUUUUCUUACAAUCGGCUUUGGUGAUGUGCUUCCAUCUGAGUACGAGUAUUUGUUACUUGUUGGAAUCUUUCUUCUAAUCGGACUUGCCAUUGUCUCAACGGUUCUUCAAAUCAUUCAGCAACAAAUUGAAGCUCUAGCAUCGGGAAUGAAAGACAACAUCGAUGAAGAAUAUACAAAAGCGUUGGCUGAAGCAAGUGAGGAUGGAGAGAUUCCACAGAAGCCAGUUGAGAGAACACCGAUUGAGGGUGAAGAAGUGGAUGGAGAUGUAGAGAAGCAACCACCAUCACCUGAUCCUCGAUCCUUGGAUGUGGUGCUCUCAAAAAUGCCACUUCGAUCUCGAAUCCUUUACAACAUUAUGCCCGAAAAAGAAAAGAAGCGAUUAGCUAAGCACAGCGAGAACCGGAUGAAGUACAUGAAUCGGGCUUGUCAAACUGAUGAGGAGUUGUUGAGAAAAUAUGCUCUUGAAAAGUUCAAAGACGAUUUCAAAUCGGUGAAUUAUGUGGUUGUACAAGAUUUCUCGGGUCAAGAAACCCCGUCAACUACCGUUUUUCACGGUGAUGUCACGGCGCCUCCGCCAAAGCACACCCAACAACCCGCUCGACGAAUGGACAUCCACUUGCAUCCACACAAAACCGAUGACCAACCGACCUCAUCGGGAUCAAGAGGAACAAGUCAGUCACAUAGUGAACCAGAGACGGUAGUUGAAGUUCCAAUCGAACAUGUCACAGUACAAAUGGGUCCACAAAGAGCCGAGAGGGUCUAUGCGAAGACAUCGGGAAGUGAAGAGGAGGAAGAAGAGGAGAGCAUCGAAUACACUCCAAAAAGGACAACCACUCUUAUUUUGUCUGGCCGAAACGAGCCGAAAAACACCGAUGUU